CUCCGCCGCCCGCCCAUGGCUCGGCCGCUGCCGCUGCUGCUCUGCCUGGCCGCGCUGGGCGCCGGCUGCCGGGCAGGGUCCCCCCCCAACCCCGCCGGCACGGCCGGGCCCUCCGCCGAGCCGCUGCAGGACGAGGCGGAUAACCAGGAGAACAUCCUCUCCCAGCUGUUAGGUGACUACGACAAGGUGAAGGCGGUGUCCGAAGGCUCCGACUGUCGGUGCAAAUGCCUGGUCAGACCCCUUGGCCGCGGUGCCUGUCAAAGGAUUAAUGAAGGCGCUUUCAAAGCAGAGGAUUUUUACACGGUGGAAACCAUCACGUCGGGACCCAGCUGCAAGUGUGCGUGCGUGGCCCCCCCCUCGGCGCUCAAUCCUUGCGAGGGGGACUUCAGGCUGAAGAAGCUGCGGGAGGCGGAGAGCAGCGACCUGAAGCUGUCCUCCAUCGUCGAGAUGCUGGAAAGUGCCUUUUAUGGCUUAGACCUUCUGAAGCUGCACUCGGUCACAACCAAGCUGGUGGGUCGGGUGGAAAAGCUCGAGGAGGGCAUGUCCGGGAACUUCAUGCAGGAAGGCCACGAGACAGGAGCCAACGUGGAGGAAGGUCUGCAGGAUCCCCACCGCAGGGGCAGGGAGAACUGCUCCAGCCUCAUCACCAACAGCCUUGCCGACAUUGAGAGCUCGCUGCAGCGCGACGCCGAGGCUGCCUACACACAUGCAGAGGGCAAAUACGAAGAAAGAUUCCUGAAAGAUGAAACCAUCUCCCAGCAGAUCAACUCCGUCGAGUCCCUCCCGGAGCUGCACCUCUCUCCGGAGGACGAGAAGCCCAAGCAGCUCUUGCAAAGGAAGCUGCACGUGAGGAGCCGGCCGCCUUCCAAGCCCACCAUCGUCCGAGGGGUCACCUACUACAAAGCCCAGUCCACCGAGUCGGAGAACGACAUCGAGGAGCAGCCAGACGAGCUGUUCAGCGGGGACAACACGGUGGACCUGCUGAUUGAGGACCAGCUCCUGAGACCCAGCAGCAGGGUGGGGGACGGCGUGAGGAAGCCCUCCCCGGUGGGAUGGCCGCCCUCCCCGGUGGGAUGGCCGCCCACCCCCGGGAGCGACCCCACCACCCCGCCGGCCGCCGACGCUGCCGCGACGGCCACGGUGCCCUUGUCCCCUGCCACGUCCACGGGGCCCGCGCCAGAUCCCACCGCUGUGAGCCGGCUGACCCCCACCCCGGAGACCACGACUGCCCCGGCGGGGCUGGCAGAGGAGGAGACCCCGCAGCCACCGGCAGCCUUGGCCAGCACAGUGGUGGCCACGGCCGUGGAGACCCUGCCCACAGCCGCCACCACAGUCCCCAGCCCUGCCGUGGCCACCACCGCCGGGGCCUCGAGGGAUGUGGGGACGAGCCCUGCCCCGGAGACCAGCCCAGGAGCUUGGGGACAGGUGAGCACCCCCGCAACGCCAGUCAGCCCCACCAUCCCCGCCACCCCGAAGCAGGCCCUGGAGGAGGAGGACAUCAGGAACAUCAUUGGGCGCUGCAAGGACACGCUGUCCACCAUCUCGGGGCCCACCACCCAGAACACCUAUGGGCGCAACGAGGGGGCCUGGAUGAAGGACCCCCUGGCCCGGGAGGAGCGGAUCUACGUCACCAACUACUACUACGGGAACACGCUGGUGGAGUUCAGGAACCUCGACAACUUCAAACAAGGUCGCUGGAGCAACUCCUACAAGCUCCCGUACAGCUGGAUUGGGACAGGGCACGUUGUCUACAACGGCUCCUUCUACUACAACCGGGCCUUCACGCGCAACAUCAUCAAAUACGACCUGAAGCAGCGGUACGUGGCCGCCUGGGCCAUGCUGCAUGACGUGGCUUAUGAGGAGUCCACCCCGUGGCGGUGGCGAGGCCACUCGGACGUGGACUUCGCUGUGGAUGAGAACGGCCUGUGGGUCAUCUACCCGGCCAUCAGCUACGAGGGCUUCAACCAAGAGGUGAUAGUGCUGAGCAAGCUGAACGCGGCCGACCUCAGCACCCAGAAGGAGACCACGUGGCGGACGGGACUGCGGAAGAACUUCUACGGGAACUGCUUUGUCAUCUGCGGGGUGCUGUACGCGGUCGACAGCUACAACAAGAGGAACGCCAACAUCUCCUACGCCUUUGACACGCACACCAACACGCAGAUCAUCCCCCGGCUGCUCUUUGAGAACGAGUAUGCCUACACCACGCAGAUAGACUAUAACCCCAAGGACCGCCUGCUCUACGCCUGGGACAAUGGGCACCAAGUCACCUACCACGUCAUCUUUGCCUACUGAGACCCCCCCCGCCACAGUGGGGCACUGCGAGCCAGGGGCCACCAGCACCUUUUUAUUAUUAUUUUUAUUGUUAUUAUUGUUAUUUUGUACAAAUCAAAGAGUAAAUGAUGGUUUUUGUUUCAAGCUGUUUUUUUUUUUUAUGGUGGAUUGUAGAUCGAUCCCCAGGCCAGAACUACCCCCUUUGUGUUUGUUGUAACCUUGCUUCUGCUUUUCCUUCCCAUGGCAAGGAGCUCUCCCUUUUGGGAGGGCAGACCCAGCUCUCCUGCCCGGGGAGGAGGAGGUGGCCCAGACAUGGUCCUCCUGAUGAGGUUUGUGGUUUUUUUUUUUUAGCUAAAGAUGAUUAGCAAGAGACCCAGAGCCAGUGCAAAGCUGGCCUUUCUGCUGCAGGCACUAGGUCCCAGCGGGACGCUGAUGUCUGCUUGUCCUGGUGGAGGACACGCGUGUCCUGUGGGAACGUCCCAUCUCUCGGGUUCCUCUUCCCAGCUGAUGGCCAGCAGGCCCUUUGGAGAUCCUGCUGUACAACGGGGCCAUAAGUGCAGCUCCAGCAGCCCCUGGUGCUGGCACUUACGCCGAGGACUGUCCCCUCCGCCCGGGGCUCUGCAACCGGGUGCACCCCGAGCCCCGACUGCUAUCUGGAGCGAGCUGGCGGCAGGAGGGGGACGCUGUAAAUAUGUGUAGAUGGCUUUUGUUUGUUCAUUUUGUAACCCAAAAUAGUCCCCUUUUUAGCAUUUGCUGGGUGAAGGCUCUGCUCGGCCGGGCGCUGGGCUGCCAGGGCUGGGGGAGCCCUCGGCGUUGGGGGAGACCCGGGUCCCCAUCCCGCUGCCGCUCCAUCGCCCGUGGGGUCUCGGCCCCCGUGCCCUCUCACCGCUGCACUCGCCCUGGUCCCGGCUGUUGGCCAGCGGGAGCCCCUCGCAGAGGCACAGCCCCUGCCCUUCUGCCCGGCAGCAUCUUGUAUUUACCUGCUGUCAAUAAUAAAAGAUCAAGUACCUUU